UGGGGUCAGACCCAACACCAGCUACUUAGUCAUGUUGGACCAUACUACUUUCUUAUCUCCAUGGUGGUUGCAGAGACCCACACACACUGUCCAGGUCCACAUCCAAACCCCACACACUGUCCAAGUCUGCAUCCAAACCCCACACACUGCCCAAGUCUGCAUCCAAACACCACGCACUGUCCAGGUCCACAUCCAAAACCCCACGCACUGUCCAGGUCCACAUCCAAAACCCCACGCACUGUCCAGGUCCACAUCCAAAACCCCACACACUGUCCAGGUCCAUAUCCAAACCCCACGCACUGUCCAGGUCCAUAUCCAAACCCCACGCACUGUCCAGGUCCAUAUCCAAGCCCCACGCACUGUCCAGGACCAUAUCCAAACCCCACACACUGUCCAGGUCCAUAUCCAAACCCCAUGCACUGUCUAGAUCCACAUCCAAACCCCAUACACUGUCCAGGUCCAUAUCCAAAUCCCACACACUGUUCAGUUCCACAUCCAAACCCCACACAUUGUCCAGGUCCACAUCCAAACCCCACGCACUGUCCAGGUCCAUAUCCAAACCCCACGCACUGUCCAGGUUCAUAUCCAAGCCUCAUGCACUGUCCAGGUCCACAUCCAAAACCCCACGCACUGUCCAGGUCCACAUCCAAACCCCAAGCACUGUCCAAGUCCACAUCCAAACCCCACACACUGUCCAGGUCCAUAUCUAAGCCCCAUGCACUGUCCAGGUCCACUUCCAAAACCCCACACACUGUCCAGGUCCAUAUCCAAACCCCACGCACUGUCCAGGUCCACAUCCAAAACCCCACCCACUGUCCAGGUCCACAUCCAAAACCCCACACACUGUCCAGGUCCAUAUCCAAGCCCCACACACUGUCCAGGUCCACAUCCAAAACCCCAUGCACUGUCCAGGUCCACAUCCAAAACCCCACACACUAUCCAGGUCCAUAUUCAAGCCCCAUGCACUGUCCAGGUCCACAUCCAAAACCCCAUGCACUGUCCAGGUCCACAUCCAAAACCCCAUGCACUGUCCAGGUCCACAUCCAAAACCCCAUGCACUGUCCAGGUCCACAUCCAAAACCCCAUGCACUGUCCAGGUCCAUAUCCAAGCCCCAUGCACUGUCCAGGUCCACAUCCAAAACCCCAUGCACUGUCCAGGUCCAUAUCCAAAACCCCACGCACUGUCCAGGUCCACAUCCAAAACCCCACACACUAUCCAGGUUCAUAUUCAAGCCCCAUGCACUGUCCAGGUCCAUAUCCAAAACCCCACACACUGUCCAGGUCCACAUCCAAAACCCCAUGCACUGUCCAGGUCCACAUCCAAAACCCCAUGCACUGUCCAGGUCCAUAUCUAAGCCCCAUGCACUGUCCAGGUCCACAUCCAAAACCCCAUGCACUGUCCAGGUCCACAUCCAAAACCCCACACAUUGUCCAGGUCCACAUCCAAAACCCCAUGCACUGUCCAGGUCCAUAUCCAAAACCCCACACAUUGUCCAGGUCCACAUCCAAAACCCCAUGCACUGUCCAGGUCCAUAUCCAAAGCUCCUUUUGCAGCUCACACAUCAUAGCCACACUCACACUCACACUCACCAGGGCUGCUGCUUGGUUUGGGGUGGUGUGCUUCUUGGUUCGGGUGGUGCUCUGCAGGCCAAGGUGACGGGUGCGAUUUCUGUGUGAGACAAUUCCAUUGACCAUGUCCCUCAAUCACAGAUAGCACCCCUCACCUUGAGCCCAUUGUCACAGGUGGCAAAUGGUGCUGGCGCUUCAGGAACUUCAUCGUGGUCUUCAGAAGAGGUUACAGAGGCAGGAAGUGAGGGGUAUGUUUGCAAGAUGCACAGU